AUGAAGCUCUCUAAUCAGUCCGAGGUGCCUGUUUACACCAUCUCUGGAUCUAAUACUGCACGACCACUACCUGAAUGGCUUGCAAGACGAAGAAAGCGCAGUCUGAAAGAUGAUCCCGAGUAUGCGAACCGCGUGGAACUUCUGCAAGACUUCGAGUUUGAGGAAGCCAGCCAGUGUAUCCGUGUUAGUGAGGAUGGAGACUGGGUCAUGAGCACAGGAACAUAUAAGCCGCAAAUUCACACCCAUUAUCUCCCGCAACUAUCUUUGUCAUGGGCCAGACACACCGUGGCAUUGAAUACAACUUUUAUUCUGCUAUCAACUGACUACUCCAAAUCUCUACACCUCCAAUCCGACCGCUCCCUCGAAUUUCACAACCCGCAAGGAUGUCACUACACUACCCGCCUUCCACGAUACGGUCGUGACCUAUUAUACGACCGACAGUCGACUGAGGCUCUAGUCCCCGCUGUUGGCGUCAAUCAGGAUGGGUUGGGAGAAGUAUUCCGCUUGAACUUGGAGCUUGGCAGGUACAUGCGCAGCUAUGAAGUUGAUGUCGGAGGCGACGAUUUUACAUCCAGCGGUGGCGGUGCCCUGCAAGGAGGUAUCAACACCGGUGCAGUGAAUACUGCUGCGAUCGCAGAGGAGAGCCAUAACUUGUUGGCCUUUGGUACAUCCAUUGGUACAGUGGAGCUAUGGGACCCUCGAGCAAAGGGCCGCGCGGGUGUGCUUUUGCCGCCCACACAGAUGGGACAUGGAGAUGCACGAUCCGAGAUCACCGCUUUGGAAUUCCAGCGCUCUGGACUGACUCUGGGAACCGGUUCUUCAAACGGAUUGAUUCACCUCUACGACCUGCGAUCUCCCGUACCCCUUCUGAAGAAGGACCAGGGUUACGGUUUCCCCAUCCACACCUUGAAAUUCCUUCAACCGUCAACCGCAACCCGAGAGGCAACUAUGGAGCCGAAGAUUAUGUCUGCUGAUAAGCGUAUCAUCAAGCUCUGGGAUCCCCGGGACGGUACACCUUGGACUUCGGUGGAACCAGCAGUGGACAUCAACUCGGUGGCCUGGUGUAAGGACAGCGGUAUGUUGCUCACAGCUAACGAAGGCCGCCAACAACACUCUUUCUUCAUUCCUCAGCUUGGCCCAGCACCCAAGUGGUGCUCCUUCUUGGAUAACUUGGUGGAGGAGAUGGCUGAGGACCCCAACGACCCAAGCGCAUUUACCAGCGCCCAGGCCGGCUCUAUUUACGACAACUACAAGUUCUUGACUAUUCCCGAACUGCGCACCUUGAACCUGGAGCAUCUUAUCGGUCGCACCAACCUCUUACGACCAUACAUGCACGGUUACUUCGUUGCUCAGCGUCUGUACGAGGAGGCGAGAUUGAUUACCAACCCGUACGUUUGGGAGGAGGAACGUGCUAAGAGAGUGAAGGAGAAGAUCGACAAGGAGCGUGAGAGCCGCAUCCGCGGCAAGAAGAAGGCUGCUGUGAAGGUUAACAAGAGGUUGGCCGAGAGACUGCUAAAUGCAGAGGAGAAGAGUGAGCGCCGUAGAGCUCAGCGCGUUCUGGCCCGUGGCGGUGAUGAAGAUAUGGUCGAUGCCACAGCAGAAGAGGAGAAUAAGGGCGUGCUUCGCGAUAGCCGUUUCGCCAAGCUGUUCGAGGACCAAGAUUUCGCUGUGGAUGAGACAUCUCGUGAAUUCCAGCUUAUCAACCCCAGCACUGUGCCUGUGGCGGGCGAGAAGAAGGAGCGUGGCCUGACAGCAGUCGAGCAAGAAGCCAUUGACGAGGUCCCUGGCUCCAGCGACGAUGAUUCUGAUUCUGACCGCGAGACUCGUGAAACCGCAAGACCUGCAAAGACCAAGACUUCCAACAAAAUCUCCUCCACCGACUACAAGCGUACUAAGAGACCCCCACCUCGCAUGCAGGUUUCCUCUUCGACACGAACCAAUUCGACCCGCGACCGUUCAUUCGGCUCACGCGCCCAGAACAUGAAAUCGCGCUCGAAACCUGCACGCCAAGACCGUGUCGUCGGCGAGCGCUCGGUCAGCUUCAUGCCAGCAUCGAAGUCGAAGCGUAAUCAGCCUGCCGUUCAAUAUGACAAGACUGAGUUCCGCUCAAAGGAGCGCCGCAGCGCGUCUGGAAAUGCCUUCCGAGGCAUGUGA